AUGUCUGGAAAGUGGUGUCAAGACACUCAGCUGCAUCCUUUCUUUGAACAGAUGGAAGGAGAGAAGAAUUCCAAGGCAGAGCUCAGAUCCCCUGUUUCCAAGAACUCAAACUGGCAUGAGACCUCAGUGACUUCCCCGUCCUGGUCCUUGGAGAUGUUGUUACGCAGAUUGAGGGCUGUAGAAGACAAGCAGGAUGACAAGUUUGCCAAAGUCCUGCAUGCAGUGGGGGAUUUUGGGACAUUCCAGCAGAGGCUGGUGGCCCUCACCUUCAUCCCCAACAUCCUGGCAGCCUUCUUCAUGUUUGUCGAUCACUUCACGUUGGUAGAACAGAUGCCCUAUUGCAACACCAGCUGGAUCCUGGCAGUGGGCCCCAACCUCUCAGAGGCUGAGCAGCUGAAUCUGACCCUGCCCCGAGCACCCAAUGGCAGUUUCCUCACUUGCCUCAUGUACUUGCCUGUGAACUGGGAUCUGGAUUCUAUCAUCCAAUUUGGCCUCAACUAUACAGACACAUGCCAACAUGGGUGGAUCUAUCCUAACUCCAAGAUGAGAUCACUGAUCAAUGAGUUUGAUCUAGUGUGUGGCAAGGAACCAAACAAGGAAAUUGUGCAGGCCAUAUUCAUGGCGGGCCUCCUGACAGGGUCUCUCAUCUUCGGGUUCAUAUGUGACAAGCUGGGCCGCUAUCCUACUAUCCUACUGUCGCUGCUUGGCCUGGCCAUCUUCGGCUUUGGAACAGCCUUCGUGAACAGCUUUCACCAGUACCUGUUCUUCCGCUUUGUUGUCUCCCAGGCGGUGGUAGGCUACAUCAUUGGCAGCUUGUCUUUAGCCACUGAGUGGCUAGUGGCUGAGCACCGGGCCCAUGCCAUCAUCCUGGAGCACUGCUUUAUCGCCGUGGGGGUCAUGUUCCUGCUGGCACUCUCCUACAGCCUUCCCCACUGGCGGCUGCUGUUUCUGGUGGGCGGGGCACCUGUGUUCCCCCUCAUCUCUUAUAUCUGGAUUCUCCCAGAGUCCCCACGGUGGCUGAUGACAAAAGGGAAGGUGGAAGAAGCCAAACAGGUGCUGUGCUAUGCAGCUGGUGUGAACAAGACCACCAUUCCUUCAAGACUGCUGAAUGAGCUGCAGCUACCUGGAAAGAAGGUGACUAAAGCCUCCGUCCUGGACUUCUAUAGUAAUAGGCACCUCUACAAGGCAACACUGGUGAUGGGCUGUGUGUGGUUUACCGUCAGUUACAGCUAUGUUACCCUGAGCCUCAAGAUGACAGAAUUUGGAGGAGUGAGCAUUCAAUUUAGUCAGGCAGUCCCUGGCCUCAUGGAGGUGCCUGCCCGGCUGUGCUGCAUCUUUCUCCUUGAGCAGAUUGGGAGGAAGUGGAGCCUGGCUGUGACUCUUGUCCAAGCCACCAUCAUGUACUUGUUUCUUCUUUUCCUCCCACAAGAGAUGAAGUCUGCGAUCAUCUUGGUGCUUGUGUUCGGAGAGUUUAGCUUGGCUGCCACUGUCACUGUGUUCUUCAUCUACACUGCUGAACUCCUCCCCACUGUCCUCAGGGCUACGGGUCUGGGGCUAUUGUUUGUGGCCUGGUCAGCUGGAGCCAUCUCAUCCCUGACAAUCACCAAACAGAUCCCAUCCCUCCUGCCCAUUUUUCUCUGCUGCAUCACCUCCAUGGUAUCCUUGUAUUUCUCCUCCAUGCUGCCAGAAACACAAGAUCAGCCCCUCUUGGACAGCCUGGAGCACUUCUCAAAGUCAAGCUUCCAGCACUAUGAUGACCCCAUGAGUAGGAGGAGCAAGGACAUCACGGGGUCCAUGGCUGAUGAUUCAAUGUCUGAUGAUGUAUCUGAGGAAGCUGCAAAGAACACCAUUCUCAAUGUCCAAAUUCUGAAACUGCAUCCAGAUGUUCUCCCCAACACUGCCUUAGAGCAACUCAGGGAACUGGACCCAAGUGUUCUCUCCAAUGCUGCCUUGGAGCAACUCAAAUCGGACUCAUGUGCUCCCUCCAACACUGCCUUGAAGAAACCCAGACACAAGGAAGGACGCAGCUGUGAGCCCAUUCCUGUCCGCUAUCUUGAGUGGAGCAACAUAGAAUCCAUCAUAGCCAUCGUCUUUUCUUGCCUGGGCAUCCUCGUUACCUUGUUUGUGACCCUCAUCUUUGUGCUAUACCGGGACACUCCUGUGGUCAAAUCCUCCAGUCGAGAACUCUGCUACAUCAUCCUAGCUGGCAUCUUCCUCGGUUACGUGUGCCCUUUCACUCUCAUUGCCAAACCUACUACCACAUCCUGCUACCUCCAGCGCCUCCUCGUUGGCCUCUCCUCUGCCAUGUGCUACUCUGCUUUAGUGACCAAAACCAAUCGUAUUGCACGCAUCCUGGCUGGCAGCAAGAAGAAAAUCUUACCGCAAACCCAGUUCUGA